CUCCUCCCCCUCCCCCUUACUCCCUCCCCUCUAUCCUUCUGUCUAUCUCUCUCCCUCUCUCCCUGCCGGCUGGGUGCUGAAGUUGGGCGGAUGGCAGCCAACCUGCUCCGCUAGAGGACCAAGCAGCCCAGUCUUUCCCCCCGGACCUUUCGGUGCUGUGCCCACACCUCCAGGCGGCUACUUGGGUACUGAAGGAGCUGAAAUGAGAAAAAGGCAACAGUCCCAAAAUGAAGGAACAUCUGCUAUGUCUCAAGCACCUGGAAACCAGAGGCCCAACAACACAUGUUGCUUUUGUUGGUGCUGUUGUUGCAGCUGUUCCUGCCUCACUGUUAGGAAUGAAGAUAGAGGUGACAAUGCGGGAAGGCCAACACAUACAACAAAAAUGGAGAGUAUCCAGGCAGUAGAAGAAUGCCAAAACCCCACCCCAGAUGAAAUUAUGUCCUGGUCUCAAAAUUUUGAUAAGAUGAUGAAGACGCCAGCCGGAAGAAAUCUCUUCAGGGAAUUUCUUCGAACAGAAUACAGUGAAGAAAAUCUACUUUUCUGGCUUGCAUGUGAAGACCUAAAAAAGGAGCAGAAUAAGAAAGUUGUUGAAGAAAAAGCCAGGCUUAUAUAUGAAGAUUAUAUUUCUAUACUGUCACCCAAGGAGGUGAGUCUUGAUUCUCGAGUGAGAGAGGUGAUCAAUAGAAAUCUCUUGGAUCCUAAUCCUCACAUGUAUGAAGACGCUCAACUUCAAAUAUAUACUUUAAUGCACAGAGACUCUUUUCCAAGGUUUUUGAACUCUCAGAUUUAUAAAUCUCUUGUUGAAAGUACUGCUGGCUCCUCUACUUCUGAAUCUUAGUUAUCAUGGGCAGGGAAGAGGGUUAUGAGGGUGGGAGGGUAUUAUUUUGGAGGGCUGGGGUGGGAAAUUCAAGUAGUUAUAUAACAUCAGAAGCUGAGUUCCUGGAGAACUACAGUUUAGCACUACUCAGGCUACUGUGAAAAAAAUACAACAUAUUCUGGUCUUUGUCUCCAUUUUUACCAAGAACAUUCAUGAUUAAGUUUUUUUUUGGGGAAAAACCAAAAUGGAGUUGCCAAAUGACAUGUAUUUUACACACCAUUCACUUUAACUGCAAGCAAGAUGUAUUUGUAGUCCUAUGAACAGUCUCCUUGUGUAUCCUCACAUUGCAUGUGCAAGGUAAAGCUGCUUCAUUUGCCACUUAGUUGUUGUAAUAUUUAAUCCAAUAACAUAACUUAUCUCUGUAUUUAAGGACAUUUUGUGCAAUAUGGUCUUACAUAGAAAUAAUUGCAGCAAAUCAGCUAGGGGUUUGCAUUUUUUUUUAGUAUAAACUACUACAGAAAAAGCCAAUUUUUAAAGUGUAACAAUGGAAUUCAAUAUGCUAUACUGCAUUCAAUACAAUGAUUUUGAAGCCAAUAUUUCUGUAAAAAAAAAAAAAAAGAGCUAUUUAUCGGUUUAUUUAAAAAAAAAACAAAAACAAAACAACAACAACAAAAAAACAACCCAUCAUGAGGAUUUCCUCUAAUUGUUCACUGCCAAAACUGUGGCAUUCUCGUUACAGAAGAGGUUGCAAUGUCAAAAAAAAAAAAAAAAAAAGCACAAACCAUUUGAAGGAAUAAUGUUUCAGUGACAAAAUCUAUGUGCUGAUUUUGUUUUUAAUUGUUAUAAGGAAACAGAACCUGUGUACAUUUCAGAUGUCAGAUACUGUAAUUGAUUUAUUAAAGACUGGCUCUCCAGUUCUAACACUGUUGUAUAAUGUUAUGUACUUCUGUACUUCUACAAGAUAAAAAAUAGGCUGAUACUUUAGUUUUGGAAUAUAAAAGAUUUAAUAAAAGAUUGCCUACAUGUAGCAUUUUAAAACAUUUUGAUGAAUAGCAUCUGUCCUGUGGCAUAUUUUUCUUGAAGACAAAUCCCAUGAAAAGCUGUGUUUUUAAUCAAGGGUUUUGAAGAAGACAAAUAGUUGCUUCAGACAUAGUGAAUUUUCAAAUGGUUCCUCAAGAACAAGAAGCUUUCAAAAAUAAGUAGUGUGAAAUACCAAAUAUUAAAUUCUCAAUUGGAAAUUCAAAAGACAGUGCAGCAUUUGAAGUCUUUUGCUGCUCAGAAUCUUCUGCAGGUGUGGAGAAAAGAAAGAAAGAAAGAAAGAAAGAAAGAAAGAAAGAAAGAAAGAAAGAAAGAAAGAAAGAAAGAAAGAAAGAAAGAAAGAAAGAAAGAAAGAAAGAAAGAAAGAAAGAAAGAAAGAAAGAAAGAGAAAGGAAGGGAGGGAGGAAGGAAGGAAGAGAGGGAAGGAAGGAAGGAAGAGAGGGAAGGAAGGAAGGAAGGAAGGAAGGAAGGAAGGAAAGAGGAAAGGAAGAAAGAAAGGAAGGAAGAAAAGAAGGAAGGAAGGAAGGAAGGAAAGAGGAAAGGAAGAAA